CAUCAGCUGAUUGGUUCAGCAAAAUCAAACAACAAAGGCAAGCGAAUUUUCACAGUGAACUAUAUUAUACGGCGAUAAAAAUAGGCAAGACAGUACGGACGGUUGACCUUGGGCCUGGUGCGCAAUGUCUAGUCCCAACAUUAACUACCGCUCCCUGGCGGAGGAGGCGGCCAGUCCCUUCCUGGAGCACCCCUCAUCCACAACAAAAACACAAGACGCAAAAGAACCCACAGCUGCUGCGCAUUUAGACCCCCUCGGUGAUCGAGCACGCGAGCUGGAGGAGCUCGAUCAUGAGCAAGAUACGGAGCAUGAGGGCGAGGACACGCCCCGCAACAGUGGCAUAAUGAUCCACAUGGUUCCAGAAACGGGGCGAGCGCGAUGGAAUCACAUCGAGAACUUGGACUCGUUCUUUUCGCGCAUGUACCAAUACCAGCAAAAGCACGGCUUCAGAGUGAUCGUACUGGAUGAGGUGCUGCAGGUGCUCGAGUUUGGUUUCGUGGUCUGGCUCCUCACAUUUGUGUCGCACUGCAUCCGCCAUGACGUUCUCUUCGGGGAUGUCCCACCCAAGAACCACACAAAAACCACCCUCGACGAUGUCAUCAUACCAACGGGCGAGUGCGUGGAAAGAAUGGGUUGGUUCACCUUUCUGGUCCUCUUCAUAGCUGCCAUAUACCUGGGAAUUCGUCUGCUGAAAAUGGUGUACCACAUCACACAGUUUGCGGAUAUCAGGCGUUUCUACAACACUGCCCUGCACAUCGACGACGCCGACUUGGACAACUUCACAUGGCACGAGGUGCAGCAGCGCAUUCGGCGUGUCCAGGCCGAGCAGCACAUGUGCAUCGAUAAGGAAUCGCUCACCGAGCUUGACAUCUACCACAGGGUGCUGCGCUUCAAAAACUACCUGGUAGCGCUGAUGAACAAGCAACUGCUGCCAGUCCGGUUUCAUAUUCCCCUGAUCGGCGAGGUCGUUUCUCUCAGCCGGGGCAUGCUCUUCAACAUUGACUUGAUCUUGUUCCGUGGACCGGGAUCUCCGUUCCAGAAUAACUGGCAGCUCAGGGACGAAUUUGCCGUAAGGAGUAAUCAAACGGAGCUAGCCCAGCGUUUAUCCAAGCUUAUAUUGGGUGUAGCGCUGUUGAAUCUGCUCCUGGCACCUGUGAUUUUUAUCUGGCAGCUCAUCUAUUUUAGUUUCUCAUACGCGAAUAUUCUGAGGAAAGAGCCCAGUGCCUUGGGACUGCGAACCUGGUCUAACUAUGGACGUCUCUAUUUGCGCCACUUCAACGAACUGGACCACGAAUUGGACGCCAGGUUGAACAGAGCCUAUGAGUACGCGGACCGCUAUCUCAGCUCCUUCUCCUCGCCCCUGGCCGCUGUGAUAGCCCGAAACCUUCUCUUCAUCAGUGGCGGCUUGCUGCUACUUAUCCUUGGAUUGGGAAUAUACGAGGAGCAUGUCUUCCAGGUGGAGCACGUCCUCACAAUCAUCGCCGUUCUCACUGCCGUCGGAGUUGUGUCUCGUGCCCUCAUUCCUGACGAGAACCUCAUUUGGUGCCCGGAGCAGCUAAUGACCGCCAUCCUGGCCCACGUACACUACCUGCCGUCGGAGUGGCGACAGCAGGCACACACAGCUCGAGUCCGCCAGGAGUUCAGCAAUUUCUUCCAGUUCAAGGCCGGCUACCUGUUGAGCGAGAUCUUCAGCCCGUUCGUGACGCCCUUCGUGCUCAUCUUUGUGUUUCGGCCCAAGGCCAUGGAGCUGGUGCGCUUCUUCAGAACGUUUACCGUUUCGGUGCGUGGUGUGGGCAAUGUGUGCUCCUUCGCCCAGAUGGAUGUGCGCAAGCACGGCAAUCCGGACUGGCAGCUGACCAGUGAACUGGAGGAGAUGACACGCCCGGCAGGAGGUCAGCCGCCGCAACAGCAGAUGCAGCAGAGCUUGGCCGGCGGCAAGACGGAAAUGUCGCUGGUGCGCUUCACCCUCAACAAUCCCGAGUGGCAAAUGCCGAAGGAGGCCAAGCAAUUCCUCCGCGGAGUUCGGGAGCACGCCGUAGGAGAGCUAGUGGAGGCCAAGACCUCCGUCAUUCAGGGCAACCCCCUGACCAACAGCCUUAUUUCGUUCGGCACUAUUGGCGAGGAGUACUGUUCCAUUGCCAACUCGGUGCUGGGCGCCCAGCUGACGCCCCAGCAGCUGGAGAUCUCACAGUCGCUGCGCCCGGGCCUGGGCCUCGGUCCUGCCUCCGGGGCCUUUCCCGUCGCCGGCAGCGACUUCCGUCAGAUGUUGCAGCAGAAUCUGUCCGCCAGCGUGGGACCGCUGGACAGCAUGCGCCGCUUGCGUCUAAGUCGGGCGGAGGGACGCCUAGAGGGUCCGUCGGAUACCCUGCUCUACGGACUCUGCGGCCUAGAGCAGCGUGUCGGCAGGACUCCCCUCAACGUGGGAGUGGCCGACAUGUGCCUGAGCGCCCUCUACCUGCACGAGCUAAGUCAACAGAAGCGACAGGCGCGCCAGUCGCGCAUCGAGGAAGCUGAGGACGAACGUUCAGGACCAAGUACGUGGCCACCAAAGCCACCGGGUGCUCCAUCGGCUGGUGCUUCAGGGGCAUCCGGCUCCCGCCAUACCGUGAUUACCUCAAAGGCUGCCGAGAGCACACCGCUGCUGGGGAGCAUCCGCUCAUAGCAGCGGCCCGUGUGGAUCUAACCAUCAAACUGUAGAGCUAAGGACCACCAUUCUGCUAUUAGUGAUUAAAUUAAGUUUUAAAGUGUAACGAUCGAGCGAACGACGUCGCCUAGUGCGUAGCUAAACUAAUGUCUAACUAAGCUAAACUGAACGAAAAGCAAUAAAAUUAACUGCAUUAUCGA